AUGUCAGAAUCUUUCCCAAAGGCAGCUAUAACGACGCCAAAUAAUAAUGAUGUUGGGAACAAGCGUUUGGUGUACGCUAGAGAAUAUACGUUAGAUCUACCUAGAAUAUCGAGUGUAGAAGUACCGCUAAAAGUGUCUCCUUCUCCUGAAAGUGUAGCAAAAGCAGUUAGUAUGUGCGGUGGAUUGUCCUCAAUUAAAAAAGCAUUGCAAAGCCAAGAUGAUACAGGUUUGGAAUUGCAUUUGAACCUUGAAGAGGAUGAAAAUGGGGCAUCAUCAUUUUUCAAUGAGCAUCCUAUCAUUGGUAGACGGGUACCCAAUAGAGAUGAAUCGAUUCUAUUGAAGAUAUCGCUUCCCAAGGGCACUCUUGCAAAACAUAACAAUAACUUACGAGAAGCAAUCGCAUCGUGUUCGGACCAGAAGAAACUGCGAGUGGUUCCAGUAGCAAUCAUUAAUAACACUAUAAGAUUCCGUGAAAUGUCAGACUUCCAGAUUCGUCUAGAUAACGUGCCAACGGCUAAGGAAUAUAAUGAAAGCUUUAACUCUCUAAACUGGGACAAAUUCAAAGAUUAUGUGAAUAGUAUACCAGACUUUGAUACCAAACCUUACGAGAACUUAAGCAGUAUGACUGUUGACCGAACUUCCAAAAUUCCCUCUAGAGAUUGGCAACUAGCACCUAUUCCGAGGUUUUCCAUGGUUAAUAUUCCAUACAUCUACAAAUUCAGAGACAAUCCAUAUGCCAAAAAGUCUGAUACUGGUGAAUCAUCUGUCAAAGGAACUUAUAUUAAGAAUUUUCAACAAUUGGUGUACGACUUCAACACACAAACUGGAAUUCCAACCCAUCCUCAUCCGGAAAUUGUGAGGAUCUUUGAAACGGCUAAAGAGACUGGGGUAUAUCCUGGAACGAGUAAGGACUUUAAAUUUUUGGAGAAGUUACAAAGCUGUCUAAAGAUUUUAAAUGAGCUAUUUGAAAAAAGGCCGAUUUGGGUCAAACGUCAUAUUGAUGGUAUUGUACCUUUAGAAUUACAUAUGACAUUAAAGGUCGCAUUGUCCUUAUGCUCAUAUAGAUUCACGAAGGGCCCUUGGAGAAACAGUUAUAUCAAGCUCGGUAUUGACCCAAGAACCUCGAAUGAGUACGCGAAAUACCAGACCGAAUAUUUCAAAAUCGAGAGGAGAUUACUAACAGAUCCAAGAAUUAAAAAGAAUUUGCCAGCUCCUCCACCAAAGGACUACCAAUCCAGUGUGCCUGGAGAAAUUGACCCCAGGUUCGAAUUUGACGGUAAAAGUAUUCCAUGGUAUCUAAUGUUACAAAUAGACUUACUUUUGAAAGAACCUAACAUCAAUGAAAUAUAUUCUCAAGUGGAGUUUUUGCCCGAGGCCAACGAAUUAACAGGAUGGUUUAACGAGUUAGAUUUAACGAAGAUACGGAAAAUUGUUAAGUACGAAUUGGGUUGCAUGGUCCAAGGAAACUAUGAAUUCAACGAGCAUAAAUUGACAUUUUUCAAAAGGAUGAUCUACGUCAAAGAAUCAAUGAUGAAAGACCAAGAUGCGGAUGGGGACGUGGAUAUGGACCAAGAUAACGACGAUAAUGGUGUGGAGGAUGGAGAGAUGGAUGACGCCUUAUUGGAAGAGGCAGAAGAUGAAGAGCAAGAAGACGCAGAAGAUCAGGCCGGCGAGUCGGCAUUGAAAUCGGAAAUAUCUGAUGGUAAGCAAGAUGAAAAUUCAGAACCUGAUACUUUUGACAUAAAAACUGCUUCGUUCAACGAAGUUAUGGAUAAGAUAGCCAAGCAUAACUCUGAGUCCGCAGAAUACUUGAAGGAUUAUUUGAAGGGUUUGGUCCAAGAGAGUUCUCUACGCUAA